UCUACGUACGCUGCGUGUCAUUUACAUUGUCUGCAUUUAAAGGAAGUAAAAUGUGCAUUUGUUGACAGGUCACCGUCACAAGCCGAGGAACUGCAUGUGAAACAACAGUCCAUCCAUAAUGGUUGAAGAAAGCGUCAAUGAAGAGGUAGUACUGAUAGAUCUCUUUGACUCAGGCUAUCACAUAGAUGUUGACAAACAUAAAGCUUUGAACCACGUAUGGACAAUCAUCAAAAAAAGAUACAGCACAAAUGUUCCAUUUACCUUCUUUAUGUGCCACCAGAAAGCUUCUUGUGAGGGCAGUAAUCCAAAUUUAUUAUCUGAGGCCACAGAAGCACAUUUUGAUUACUUGAAAAAUGGAUACAAGGUGGUGAAAGACUCCAACAUGGCUGCAAUACUUUAUUCCAUUAAACAAGAAAUUGAUGCACUGGAUAUAAAUAAGAUUCUCCUCAUUCUGCCUCAGGAAAGGAGGAUACAAAUGGAUAUUUAUGUGGAAAAUAUGUUUACUCCCGUCUAUGAAUUCAUGUUAGAAUGUUAUAAAAUGCACUGUGAAAUGGAUAACAUUACACCCCCCUGUAAUGCCAAACAAACCAGCAAUGGCAUUUCUGAUGAGGACUAUAAAGUGAUUGCAAGGAAGAACAUGCGGACAUAUUUUCAAAGCUUGCCUGCUCUGAAAGGGGAUCUAGUCAUUCUUAAAUCACAGCUUAUUCCAGAAGAGACCUUUCUGCAUGGCUUUACGACAAGAUGUGGCGGUAUAACCCCCAUUCCGACUCUUAGUGGAUUAAAUCUUUUCUGCAGUCCCAAGAGGAAAGAUCCAAAAGCAGUUGUUGAAGAGAACUUUUGUCGCCUGGGGAAAGCUGCAGGAUUUGAUCCUCAGACUUAUGUUCCAAUAAAGGUUGACCAUGCAGCGAUUGUGAAAAUACUUGGGAAAACAGAACCAGAAAGAUAUGAUGGAAUAAUCACCAACCAGAAAGGAGUUACAAUUGCUGCCCCUGGUGCAGACUGUAUUCCAAUCCUUUUCUGUGAUCCAGUAAAAAAAGCUUGUGGAGCAGCCCACUCAGGCUGGAAAGGGACACUGCUAGGAGUUUCAAUGGCCACAGUAAACACCAUGGUAUCUGAGUACCAAUGUGAUAUGAAGGAUAUACUGGUUGUUCUGGGACCAUCAGUGGGUCCAUGCUGCUUUACCCUAAAACGGGAAGAAGCCAGAGCUUUUCAUGACAUAGACCCACAAUGUGUCCGACAGAUUGAGUCCCCAAGACCAUAUGUUGAUAUCAGAAGAGCUACUCGUAUUCUCCUGGAACGUGGUGGCAUUCUGCCUCAUAAUAUUCAAGAUGACACCAUUGCAGACAAGAGCCAAAAUGUCACACUUUGCACCUCCUGCCAUCCUGAGAAAUUUUUCUCUCAUGUUCGAGACGGUGAAAAUUUUGGAACACAAAUCUGCUUCAUAGCCAUCAGAGAAUAAUCAAGAAGGACUCAUUGAUCUACUCAGGAAAGUGAAGGAAGCAUAUAUGUGCCCUAUUUAAUGUAUUAUGACUGAACCAAAAUGCAACAGAUUAAGUAUUGUGUUUCUUUUUUUUACUGUUUGUAAAUUAUGUGACAGAUUAUUAAGAAACUUCAUAAAAAAAUGACUGUGUGAUAGUCAAUGCAAUUUAGCAAUGUAAUUUAUACUCAUUAGAAAUCUCUAUUGGUUAUAUGCUCAAACUGAUAAGAAAGUGCGGGUAGAUAAUAUUAAACAGCUAUGAGCUGCUGGUAAUAGUAACAACAGGUGUAUAUGUACAAUGUGUAUAUACAAGUGACAAUGGUAGAUGCCAGACCUAGUUUUGUCCCUGCAGGUGAACUUAUGGACUUGUUGGUCCAUUAUUGUGCUGGUGAAAAGUAGAAAAACAGAAAUCCUUGCCAGUGGGAAAGAUGCUGUUUUGUUUCCUUACCAGCAAGAGCUUUAAUUAUGAAAGAACCUCAUGGUCGACCGAAGAUGCUAAGAUACAGGAAUUAAGAGUUAAAAAAAAUAGGUCAACAAGCUCAGAAAAUGGGUAUGACAUUGGAUAUUUUAGAGAGAGAGAGAUAAAGAUAUAUACAUAUAUAUUCUGUCCUACAUCUCUAUCAGGGAACAGCCAAUUUUUCAAUAAUCAAAUUUUCCCAAAAGCUGAGCUGAUAUACAAAACAAAGAAUCCUUUAAUUCCGUUGUGUAUUCCUUUAAGAAUAAUGAAUUGCAUCUUUAUAUAAAACAAGCUGGCCAUACACUGUUAUGCCGCGUACACACCAUCACUUUAUGUGAUGAAAAAAAACGACGU